AUGACCACACGCCCCACGCACGACAGCAACGGCGCCUUAUUACCGGCCAUCCUAUGCCUCCACGGCGGCGGCUCGAACGCGACCGUGUUCAAGAUCCAAACGCGGCGCUUGAUAUGGGCCCUCGACAAACAAUUCCGGUUCGUGUUCGCGCAGGCGCCCAUCGAAGGCACCCCCGGCCACGGCAUGCUGCCGGUGUUCGCCUCGUGCGCGCCGUUCUACCGCUGGGUCAACCGCCGCUUCAAGGCCGGCGAAUCGGACGUCGAGACCACACCGCAGGCCGAAAUCGACACGAUCGACAACAUCAUCCAGACCGUCAUGGAAGCCAACGGCGGCGUCGACACGUUCAAGGGCGUCAUGGGAUUCAGCCAGGGCGCGCGCCUGACCGCGGGCUUGUUGUUGCGGCAAAAGAUCCAAGAACGUGACCGUGAUUUAGGAGUCGCCUCUGCCUCUGCCUCUGCCUCCUCCUCUUCUGGCGAUGGCAAUGGCAAUGGCAGUACGACAACAACGACAUCGACAACGACACCAACGCUGACACCGAAAACGAACUUCGCGUUCGGCGUCAUGAUAGGCGGCCCGUGCCCGCCGAUCGGGUUAUUCGACGAGAGCGUCGGCGUCAAUGUCGAGGAUUACAAGCUACUCAAAGAAAUCCCCACGGUGCACGCCUGGGGCCGGGACGACCAUAUCAGGCCCGGGUGCGAGGAGUUGGCCCGGCUGUGCGAAAGUGACCAUUCAUUCCAGAUGGAUUUCGAGGGCGGACAUCACUUGCCGCUCAAGGACGUCGAGGCCAAGGAUCUGUGUGAUUUGAUCAUGGCCGCCUGGUACGCUGGCGGCGGCAAGUAUGGCGUUGCCGCGGAUGAAAAUUAUUAG